UUGGUGGAACUGACUGGGUUGACCCUGAUGACCCCACUGUUGUCGCCGAAAAUGAACUGUUGACAGCCGCCAGCUCCAUUGAGGCUGCAGCCAAGAAAUUGUCGCAGCUGAAGCCUCGGCAACAAGCAAAGAGAGCAGAUGAAAACCUAGACUUUGAAGAUCAAAUCUUAGAAGCUGCCCGAUCUAUCGCAGCAGCAACUGCAGCUCUGGUGAAGUCAGCUUCUGCAGCACAGAGGGAGCUUCAUUCUGUUGAUGAUGAUGGCCAGUGGUCUCAGGGUCUUAUCUCAGCUGCAAGAAGGGUUGCAGCUGCUACACAUAGCCUGUGUGAGGCAGCAAAUGCUAUGGUCCAGGGACAUGCCAGUGAGGAGAGAUUGAUAGCCGCAGCUAAGGAGGUCGCUGGCUCCACCGCCCAACUCUUGAUGGCUUGUAAGGUCAAGGCUGAACCAGGCUCCAAGGCCAUGCAAAGACUGCAGGCAGCAGGAAAUGCAGUCAAGAGAGCAACGGAGACACUGGUGAGAGCAGCUCAACAGACCAGAGAACACCAGGAUGAUGAGUCCAGCUUGACCGUCAACAAGAGAAUGGUGGAAGGCAUAGCUGAGGAAAUACAAGCUCAAGAAGAGAUUUUGAGAAAAGAGGUAGAGUUGAAUAACGCCAGAAAACGCUUGAUGAAAAUCCGGCAGGACAGAUACAAGGACCGGCCUCCAGAGGACAAUGCCACAUCUCCAUUGUAG